AUGGUCAGUUUGCUAAAGCUUGCAACUAUUACUGAGAAAGGUGUCGAAUUUCUGAGCCCGCAUGAUGGAACACCCAUGUUACUCACACCUGAGCAUUCCAUGUCACUGCAAAACAGCAUCGGCAGCGACAUUAUGAUGCAGCUGGACGAUGUCCUUGUCACAACCUCUCCCGACAAAGCACGUAUGCGUGAAGCUAUGGAGCGAAGUGUGCGCUGGUUAGAUCGAUGCAUUGCUGCUCAUAAGAAACCUGAGACCCAAAAUCUCUUCUGCAUUAUCCAGGGAGGUCUCGAUCUCGAUAUGCGACGAGAAUGCUGUCGCGAGAUGUUGGCCCGUGAUACACCGGGUAUCGCCAUUGGUGGACUGAGUGGUGGUGAGGCCAAGGCUGAUUAUUGCAGAGUUGUAGCAGCUUGCACAGAACUGCUUCCCGACCUGAAGCCGCGAUACGUCAUGGGCAUUGGCUACCCUGAAGAUCUAGUCGUGAGCGUUGCGCUGGGAGCCGACAUGUUCGAUUGUGUGUGGCCAACAAGAACAGCCCGAUUUGGCAAUGCAGUCACAAAAAAAGGCGUCUUGAACAUCCGUAACAAGAAAUACGCUACUGAUUUCGGACCUGUCGAGGAGGGUUGCAACUGCAUGGUCUGCAAGCCAACCGCUGAUGGUGGGAUGGGAGUCACUCGAGCAUUUGUCCACCACAACGCCUCAAAAGAGACGGUAGCGGCGCAUUUGCUGACCAUUCACAAUGUCUACUAUCAACUGAACCUUAUGCGACAAAUCAGGGAAGCCAUUAUGGAGGAUCGAUUCCCUACAUUCGUGCGACAGUUCUUUGCUUGGCUUUAUGCGGAUAAAACAGAGUAUCCCGAAUGGGCAGUUGGAGCAUUGAAGGGGGUCAACAUCGAUUUGACAACGGAAUAG